AUGUCACGUCCCAAUGGUAGAGAUAUUUAUAUACGAGAAAAGGAAGAUGGUCCUCUAAUACCGACAACGAUCUUAGAUCAAGCAUCUCAAAGAUUGUUCAUAACAUCUUUGUUUAUAUUGAUUCAAAGUUGGAAGAUAUAUGAUCUUGUAUUGCUUAAGACAGAAAUACCAGGUUCAGAUGAACAAUUAACACAAUUGAAUAACUUCAGUUAUAUGUUGAAGUAUGCAAUUAUCGAUGGUUUGUUUUUAUGGUUAUUGCCUGUACUAAACAUUCAAUAUUUGACAUUUUCAGCAUUUAAAACCUUGUUAUAUACAAUUAUAUUGAAUGUUAUUUCAUUGUUGCUAAUAAGCUCUUUUGCGCUCCCCUUAUUAUCAAAUAUAUUUGUACCAAUAUGGAAGAUAGUAUUGCAAAAGAAGGAAUUGAAUAUCAUUGGUGAAGCCGUUGAUCGAAAUUCUGUUAUAGAUAUGAAUGCCCAUUUCAAAGGUCAAUUGACGAUCCAUUAUUUACCCCAUUCUUCAGCAAAGAUGAACCCUUUCCACCUUGAUCAAACCUGUAUUAAUAAGGAAGAACCGGAGGGUUUAAGCAUGCCAGUAGAGUUUAACACCACUACAGGAAUUGGAUUUUUGCAAAUACAACAAAUCACCCCCGAUAAUGAAAUCAAAUUGCUCAAUUAUACUGGGCAUUCACUCAAUAAACUUAUGAAUCGAGAUUAUUCGCAUUUAUCUCAAUUUCCUGAAUUCAAAUCAGGAGACUCUAGGGUCUUUUAUUUGGAGUAUCCAAUAAUAGAACCAGGAAUGUACAGAAUUAAACAUGUCUUGGAUAAUAAGGGUAAUAAUAUCAGAACCUACAAAUCAGAAUUCUCAGUGUCGUAUUGUCCACAGGCAAAGUAUUUGUAUGGCCUGCUGUUUGAUAUGUCGCAAAACUUCAAAUGCAUUUCAUCACUUAUAGAUGAUACCCUCCCGGUUCCGAAGAUUGAAACAUCCAGUACCACACCGUCCUAUGUACAAGUCAAUGUAAAGGUCAAUGGGAGAGAUUUUAGAACCAUGAACAUUACUGUCUCUGACGAAACAGAUUCCACCAGAAAACACCAAAAAUUCGAUUAUAGCUGGUUGAAAGCAACGAAGCUUGUAAGGAAUACAUUAGAGCAGGAAAUAUUACUGUCUUUAUCGUCAUUGAAAUACGAAGGUACAACCUCCGUUGAAUUACAAUUAUUGCAAAUUCAAGAUUCUUUGGGAAACAUUCAAAGAUACAAUCCACUCUCCAAAGACCAAGAUGUUUGGUACAGCCUUAACUUGAAGAAAUCGCCAUCUGUCGGUCUAGUUGAUGCAGAGAAGGGCGCUGAGUUAUUAGUUGGUGGUCACAAGCGUUUGUUGUUUACAAAUAUAGAUAGUCUUAAAGUUGAGGAUUUCCCGCUAUCUGUCGUUAUUGGAUUUAAAAAUCAACAUCAAGCGAGCUUAAAUAUUUCCAAUACUUUUAAAACUAAGCAUGACUUCCAAAAGGGGUUAAGUGUUGAUCAACCAGGUGAGUAUUCAUUAAUAUCUGCCCAGACCAAGUUUUGUCCGUGUGAAACUCGACCUGGUACCAUUCAAGUGAAACUUGCUACACCUCCCCAAGUUCAUAUCAUAGAUGAAGCAGUGUCUGAUAGAUGUUUGGGUACCAUAGGGUAUAAUUUCAAUUUUAAUUUCACUGGGAAACCGCCAUUUAAAGUCCAAUACCGAGUUUACGUGAAUCAAUCUGGGGUUCUUAGACCAGUACACUCGGAGCAAGGAAGAGUAUUGAGAGAGUUGACAUCAUUUGAAAAUUCACAUUUAUUUAAAUUUAAACCUCAUACCGAAGGAAGCUAUACGAUUGUUUUCAAUAAUUUGAAGGAUCUAAACUAUAAUCAAGAACCAAUUCGUUUGGAUGAAAAGAAGCACACUUAUCUGACUUAUUUCAAGCAAGCAUCUGAGAUUGGUUUAAAGUCUACGCAGAAAACCAUCUAUACUUGUUAUGGGCAGACUUCAAAUAUUCCAUUGUUUUUCAAAGGAAGUGGAGGACCAUUUAAGUUUGAUUAUGAUUUCAUUGAUCCUGACAGUCAGAAGAAGCUAAUUGAUACUUCUCAUGCCGAAAACGUUGAUUCUUUUAGUAUUGAUACUCCAAAGGGUUUGAUUGGAAAAACUUAUGAAUUGAGAUUGACUAAUGCGAAGGAUAGAUUUGGAUGUGAUGCAAAGAUUACCCAUCCUCUGAUUAGGAUCGCAAGUAGACCAGAUAUUCCUACUUUAGAGUUAAGCGCUGAUAUCAAGGACCACAUUCAUGUUGUUGAAGGUGAUUCAGUAGAACUUCCAAUAGUAUAUAAAUCCUCGGUUGGGUUGUCCAACAAUGAUAAAAUUGAAGUUAAAUUUACAAAGCCUGGCUCUGGUGAUUCUCGAAUAAUGAAGAUGAAUGUCAAAGGAGGAUCAAUUCGUGUAUCAGAAACAGGUACUUAUUCUUUGGUUUCGUUUGAAAAUAAGGGAUGUCCUGGUCGGAUCACACAUAAUGAAAGAGCUGUUCGAAUUAGUUACUUUGACAAGCCAUCAUUGCAAAUCGUUGCAGAAAAUGAAUUCAAGCAACAUAAAGAGGAAAACACCAUUCACUUGAAGCCAGUUUGUAAUGGUUGUUCUAAUAAGGUUAAAUUACAAUUAACUGGUAAAGCUCCAUUUAUACUUGAUUAUGAAAUAAGACUACCAAGCGGGAAGAUUGAAACUCACUCUAUGAAUGUUGAAGGUCAUGAAAUUAUAAUAAGUCUUCCUUCUAGAGAAAAUGGUAGGUAUGAACAUAAAUUCAAAAGGAUUUAUGAUGGGUUGUAUACAAAAUCUCGUGGACGUGCAGUUAACGUGGUUGCUCCUCGGGUGCUUUAUAAUGUCAAUGGAUUACCAAAUGCCAAAUUUAUAAACGAGCAAAGAUUUUCCCAAAUAUGUGAGAACGCGUUAGGCAAAAGUGAUAAAGUUAUAAGCAUUCCUGUUCACUUGGAUGGACAAUACCCAUUUGAUAUUGAUGCCCUGUUGAAGAAUGAAAAGACCGGAGAAGUAAAGAAUAUUCAAUUCAAGAACGUUAACCGUCCCAAUUUAGAGUUCUCUAAUUCUAAAUUAUUUGGACUUGGUGAUUAUUCCAUUAGUUUCACAAAGAUAUCAGAUGGUAAUGGAUGUACCAGAAAGGAAUUUAAAUUGAAUGACAAAUAUGUUAUUUCCAUUACUGAAACCCCUGAUAUUUUCAAAGCUGAGCCAAAGAAAUAUCAUUACUGUGUCGGAGAACAUGUUGCCUAUAAUUUGACUGGGUUUGCCCCCUUCACGAUAUUCUACCUGUUUAAUAAUAGAGUAAGACAAACUGAACUGUUUUACCGUUUUGAAAGAUUGUCUUCAAAACCAGGAAUUCUUGAGAUUCAAUCUCUUAAAGAUUCUGGUGCAAGUGAAUGUAUGGUUAAUUUUACAUCCGAUGAAAAAAAGAUGACAAGCUUGAGAUUGCAAGUUCAUGAGUUACCUACUGUUGAAAUUAAUAAGGGUGAUUAUAUAGUUGAAGAUCUUCAAGAAGGUGAUCAAACAGAAAUAAUAUUUACGUUUAUCGGAGAGCCACCGUUUACGCUUACAUAUAUCAGAACCAUUGAUAUUAAACAGGGGAAGAAGACUUCGAGGAAGUUGGUAGAAAAGCAUACUUUGCAAGAUAUUUGGGAUUAUGAGGUUAUAGUGCCCGCAAGUCUUGAAGGAACCUAUGAGGCAAUUGAAAUUGAAGAUAAAUAUUGUCGUGCAAUCAAAAAAGUUGAUUAUUUAGAAUAA